GAAGGCGGCGAACUACAACGACCGAGAGUCUAUUCCCUACCGCGCGAAAAACGAAAGAAAAAAAAUCAAAAUCACACAACUCAUACUCGCCUGAUCGACCGCCUUAUAGACUGCUCACGGCAGCCCCUGUUCUCGACAAUUCGUCCCUACUCCGACGACAACCUCAUACCCGCCAUGUCCGAAGCCUACGAGCGAGAGCGCCAGAACAAUGCGCGCCUCGACGAACUAUCCGCCAAAGUCUCUGCUCUUCGUGGAGUGACAGUCGACAUUUACGAUAAUGCCCGAGCCCAAGAUGUCAUUGACAACACCUCUGAUACUUUCUCCUCCAUGACCACACAGAUGAAGGGCUCUGCCGGUCGCUUGACUCGCAUGGCCGCAUCUGGCAACCGUGUUGCGAUCCUUAAAUUGUCGGGAAUCGUAAUUGGCGUUUUCUUGGUGUUGUUCUACGGUGCAAAACUGAUUUUCUAAGACUUGGGAGCGCAGGCGUCUACUAUGAAUUUGAGAAGUGCUAUAAUGAUUAGAGCGGAAAUGGGGUGCCUGUCAUUUUUGCUGUGUACGGCCAGGAAAAUACGACUGGAGGGUAUCCCAGACAUCCAAGUGUCCACAACCAGGAAGCUAGAGAGUUAUCCCUUAGGAAGUUUACUGUUUCGGCAGCGUUGGGUCGGCGUUACUUGAAUACAUUCACAUCGCUUC